AUGAUUAGACAAUCACAAAAUGCAUAUCAACCCGAUUUAUUCGCUCAGCAAGGAUACCCCGAUGCAGGAUGGGGUCAGCAACAGCAAAUGCAACCUCAAUACACGUCUUAUAACAUGAUGCAGCAACAACAGCAAGAGGAAUAUAUGAGGCAGCAAAUGGCAAUGCAAGAGCAACAACGGCAGCAGGAAGAGUACAUGAGACAACAACAAUUCCUGCAACAACAACAUACAUCACUUCUUCCCCAACAAACCGGGUAUGGUUCCAAUAAUCCGUUCGCCUUUGGAGGAAAUCAAUCUCAACAGCCACAACAGCCACAACAACAAGCUUCAUUUUUACCAGUACCCGUUGUUACGCAGCAACCUUCACCUCAACAGGUGCAAAAGCCUUUGGAGCCACAACAAACUGCCAGACCAGCUUUCACAGCGCCUAAAAAGGAUGACGGGGAGCAUUCUGGCUUGGCCGCGCUUUUGGCUAGAGGCAGGGAGGAUGGUUUGGAUACAUUUGGGAAUGUCGGUAAUAUGCGUAUUCCCGUUGGAUCGCAAUUCCACGGUUCCAAUCGGGUGGCAGUGCAACAAACUGGAGCUCAAGGUUUUGGUGCCAACAAUCCUUUUGGUCAGAUGCAGCAGUCUCAACAAAGGAGUGAACAGCCUUUCUUUUCUAUUUAA